AUGCGACAUUUCAUGAUAUGCAUAGUAACAACAGGUUUUAUUACGGGACAACUCAUGAUGUUCAUAUCGAUCUAUUAUAUGCCUCUGCAUCUAGCAUUGGGUAGACCUCAUACAAUAACUGUCCUAGCUCUACCCUAUCUUUUAUUUUAUUUCUUUUGGAACAAUCACAAACACUUUUUUGAUUAUGGAACUAUUACCAGAAAUUCAAUGCGUAAUCUUAGCAUUCAAUUUUUUUAUUGGUUGGUUAACUGGUUACAUUUUAUUAAUGAAAUGGUUUUUCGAUCUAAUAAGUACCUCGUGUCAGAAUUGAGAAAUUCUAUGGCUCGAAUAUUUAGUAUUCUCUUAUUUAUUAUCUUCGUCUGCUCUUUAAGUAGAAUAACAUCAUCCAUUUUUACUAAGAAACUAAAAGAAACGGAAGAAACGGAAGAAAGGGAGGAAAGUGAGGAAGAAACUCCUUCUUCUUCCCUAUUUUUGGAAGAAAAGGAGGAUCAGGACAAAAUCAACAAAACAGAAGAGAUCCAAGUGAAUGGAAAAGAAAAAACAAAGGAUGAAUUUCAUCUUCUGUAA